AUGAGUCGAUAUCACGAUAUUGAAGAGAGAGAACUCUCGAGAGGUCGAGGAAGAUAUGAUGUUGAGGAAGAUGAUCUAUUUGAUCGAGGAAGAAUGUCUCGACCUCCUUCUCAAGCUCCUCAAUCCGAAUAUCAAGGCGACCCUGGUCGAUCCCAACAUGCUGCCUCUCAGCAAGACCGAUCCUACCCACCUCCAACUGCUCAACCAUCCUACAACAAUGGAAGAAACUCUUCUCGACACGAUGACCAUGAUCGAGCAUCCCAACCUUCCGGUUACAACGCACCUUCAAGAGCUGGCCCUCCCUCUAUGGCUGGCUGCUCAAGAAGACCACCUCCUACUCCCGCUUCUUCAAGAGCAGGAGCCACUGAUAUCUCCGAGUCACUUGAGAGACUCGCUCUUACCAGUUUCUACGUCCGACCUGGCUUUGGAUCGACUGGAAGGCACCUAAGUGUCCUUUCUAACUUCUUUCAGGUCCGAGCGAUCGAUAAACGAGCUAAAGUUAUCUACCAUUACGAUGUCGAUAUUAAACCUGUCAAGCAAAGAGGUGAAAAUGCUAAAAAGCCUAAAGGUCUGCUCAGAGCGGUUUGGGAGCAGUUCUGCCUCGAGCAACAAGGUAGCUUCGUCGAUGGCUUGACAGCUAGUGCUUACGAUGGGAGAAGAAACGCCUUCACCCCUAACAAGCUUCCCAUCGCCGACAAUUCCUCUCAAUCAUUCAGUGUCGCUCUCGCACCUGAUGGAAUUGUUCAUCGAGCACGAGAAGGCUCCUCAUUCGAUGACGAGAAUCGACGAUGGAAUCUCGUUCUCAAGCUUGUCGCAGAAGUCGACCUCGAAUAUGUUAUGGAGUUUUGUCGAGCGAAUAAAGGUCCACCAUCUAACGAGGAACAAUGUUUGACAGGUAUCAUGGCAACGAAUGUUCUCAUGCGAGACUUUCCAAGCAAGACCUAUGCUCAAGUCGGUGCGACCGGUAACAAAUUCUUCAGCAUGGCUGGUGCCGUUGCUAUCCCUCAAGGAGCGGUGGUCUGUAAAGGCUUCAUGCAAUCUUUCCGAUAUUCCAGCUCAGGACUGCCUAUGCUCAACAUUGAUGUAGGAUAUUCCGCUUUCUUAGCUGAUGGACCUGCUCUCGAAGUCAUCGCAAAGAUCCUCGACAAAAGCAGUAGCAGAGGUAGAGGCAGAGGAGGAUUUGGUGGUCCUCCUGGUCAGACCAGGGUCAUCAGUGAGCUGGCCGCUCUGGAGAUCGCCAUCGUCAAACGAACAAUCCGUGGAAUGAAGUUUACUGUCACUCAUAGAAACAGUCCUAGACUCCAUACCGUUCUUUCCGUCACUCUUCAGCCAGCUGAGCAAAUUACUUUCGAGAUUCAAGGUCGAGAAGGUGGUCCUGGAAGGAAUAUAUCUAUUGCAGAUUACUUUAGAGAAUUCCAUUCAGUCCAGGUCACUAAGCCUAGAUUGCCUUGUAUCCAGUACGGCAAGAAAGCGUUUAUUCCACUUGAAUUUGUCAGAUUCGAGAAAUGGAAUUCUCUGCCUCCCACCAAGUUGAAUGCUGAUCAAACGGCCGAAAUGAUCAAGAUCAGCGCGAUCAACCCGAAAGAUAGAGCUCUGCAGGUCAAUCACUGGAGAGCAGAGUUGGCUCACGAGUCCCAGGAUAAGAUCGGAGCUUGGGGAUUACAAGUGAGCAAGAGGAUGGUCCAACUUGAAGCUCGAAUCCUUCCGCCCCCACGAGUACUUUAUGGGAAUCGAGCUCAAGCUAUUCCUAAUGACGGGAGUUGGGGUCUUCAAGGGAAAUUAUUCUUCCGAAACGGUAAAAAGCCACUCAUGGCUUGGUCGGUGAUAUCGUUCGACAAGUGGACCGAAGAAGAUGAAAUGCAUCGAUACAUCACAUAUCUUUGUGAGACAUUGACCGCCCACGGAGUCGAUGUUAGGAACAGACAACCUGAUUGUAUCGGUCCUAUCGAUCCUCGAGGAAACGAUGCCGUGGCCAACGCUCUGCAACAAGCUGCAAGAGCCGCUUACAGAGUGGGGAGAUGUGCCCCUCAAUUGAUCUGCUGUAUCUUACCUGGAAGAGACGCAUGGCUGUAUGAAAAAAUCAAGAAAAGCUCUUUCAAUGAUCUCAAAGGUCCCGUUCCCACCCAAUGCAUGCAAGCUGCCAAGAUUAGAGCUCCACGAGGUAUCGCAGCUUAUACAGGAAACCUAGUAAUGAAGAUUCAGAGCAAGCUUGGUGGUCUUCCUCAUCAAAUUCCGAUCGAAGAUCUUCCUGGUAUGGUCAAGGGCAAGACUAUGCUUUUAGGCGGAGAUCUUGGAUUGCCACCUUUCAAAGCUGGAAACGAAAAUGCGCCGACCGUCGCUUGUACCAUCGCCACGUACAACUCCGACUGCGAUACCUACUCAGCCCAGAUUCGACUUCAAGAGGGACGAGCCGAAAUCAUUUCCGACCUUUCUUCCAUGAUUGAAGAACAUCUCAAGAUCUUCCACAAGCACAAUGGCGAAUAUCCCGAGCGGAUUCUCAUCUUCCGAGAUGGUAUAUCUGAAGGCCAAUACGCUGCUGCUCUGACUUACGAGCACAGGGCGAUCUUGAAGGCGUGUGCAAGACUUCAAAAGGGCUACAGACCUCGACUCCUCAUGUGUAUCUGUGCCAAAAGACACAACACUCGAUUUUUCGGUAGGACCGAGGAUGUCGACAGGACUGGUAAUCUUCCUAGUGGUUUAGUGGUCGAUCGAAGUGUCACCCAUCCUUACGCUUUCGAUUUCUUCCUUCAAGCUCAUGCUGGUAGGGUUGGAACUGCCAGACCAACCCAUUAUAUCUGCUUGCUCGAUGAACUUCCAAUGACUCCUGAUCAACUUCAACAACUGGUUCAUUCCUUAUGUCACUCUUUCACUAGAUGUACGAAGAGUGUCAGUCUGGUCCCUGUUUGCUAUAUCGCGGAUCUCGUCUGCCAAAAAGCUCGAAUCAUCGUUCAUGAACCUGGAUCUACCAUUGCUCCUUCCGAAUCCUCGGCUGGUAGAAGUGAUGCUCGAGGAUCUAGAAGGACAGGAUUCAGCAUCGAUAUCAUGCAAGUACAAAAGGUGUUGGCGCGGAAUGACGAAUUGGCUGAAGUGGCCUGGUGGAUGUAA